GGGGCCCCAGCGCGGGCCGGGAGGGGGACGGCGGAGGGCGCCGAGAAGGCGCGGAAGGAGGCCGCGUUCCGCUUCCCAGGCCGCGCAGAUCUGCUGGGCAGGCCGCCCGCCGGUGCCCAGGGGCCCCGCACGGUGGAGCCGGGCCGGUGGCUGAGGUCUAUUUCCUUGGUGCCUGGGUGCCAUGAGGAAGCCCCGCCGGAAGUUGCGGCAGAAUGCCGAGGGCCGGCGUUCCCCGUCCCCCUACAGUCUCAAGUGCUCCCCAACCCGAGAGACACUGACCUAUGCCCAGGCCCAGCGGAUUGUCGAGGUUGACAUUGACGGACGCUUGCAUCGCAUCAGCAUCUACGACCCUCUCAAGAUCAUCACUGAGGAUGAGCUGACUGCUCAGGACAUCACUGAAUGCAACAGUAACAAGGAAAACAGCGAGCAGCCUCAGUUCCCUGGCAAAUCCAAGAAACCCUCGUCCAAGGGCAAGAAGAAGGAGCCCUGCUCCAAGCAUGCACCUGGGACCUCCUUCCAUCUCCCGCAGCCCAGCUUCCGGGUGCUGGAGCCAGGCAGCCAGCCUGAAGCGCCCCCGCUGCCUGCCGCCUAUUAUCGCUACAUCGAGAAGCCGCCCGAGGACCUGGAUGCAGAGGUAGAGUAUGACAUGGAUGAGGAGGACCUGGCCUGGCUGGACAUGGUGAACGAGAAGCGGCGGGCAGACGGGCACAGCUCUGUGUCAGCAGACACCUUUGAGCUGCUGGUGGACCGGCUGGAGAAGGAGUCGUACCUGGAGAGCCGCAGCCUUGGGGCCCAGCAGUCGCUCAUCGACGAGGACGCAUUCUGCUGUGUGUGCCUGGAUGAUGAGUGCCACAACAGCAACGUCAUUCUCUUCUGUGACAUUUGCAACCUGGCCGUCCACCAGGAGUGCUACGGUGUCCCCUACAUCCCCGAGGGCCAGUGGCUGUGCCGCUGCUGCCUGCAGUCUCCCUCCCGGCCUGUGGAUUGUGUCCUCUGCCCCAAUAAGGGUGGUGCCUUCAAGCAGACCAGCGAUGGGCACUGGGCCCACGUGGUGUGCGCCAUCUGGAUCCCCGAGGUGUGCUUUGCCAACACUGUGUUCCUGGAGCCCAUUGAGGGCAUCCACAACAUCCCGCCUGCCCGCUGGAAGCUGACCUGCUACAUCUGCAAACAGAAGGGGCUGGGCGCGGCCAUCCAGUGCCACAAAGUGAACUGCUACACAGCCUUCCACGUGACCUGCGCUCAGCGUGCUGGGCUUUUUAUGAAGAUUGAGCCCAUGCGCGAGACCAGCCUCAAUGGUACCAUCUUCACUGUGCGCAAGACCGCCUACUGCGAGGCCCAUUCGCCGCCCAGCACAGCCACGGCCAGGAAGAAGGGCGACUCCCCCAGGAGCCUCAGUGAGGCAGGGGAUGAAGACGGGCCGAAGGAGAGUGGUGGGGAGCAGCAGGAGGAGGACACAGGGGAGGAGCAGCAGCGGCAAGGCCACGGCGCGGCGGGCAGCCCCCUCAAGGCGGUGCCCAAGAAGAACAAGGCCAGUGUGAAACAGAAGAUCAAAAAAGAGCCAGAGGAAGCAGGCCGCGACACGCCUUCCACCAUUCCCGUGGUCACCGUCCCACAGAUACCCUCCUACAGGUUGAACAAGAUCUGUAGUGGUCUCUCCUUUCAGAGGAAAACCCAGUUCAUGCAACGGCUUCACAACUACUGGCUGUUGAAGCGGCAGGCACGGAAUGGCGUUCCCCUCAUCCGGCGUCUGCACUCUCACUUGCAGUCCCAAAGAAACGCUGAGCAGCGAGAGCAGGACGAGAAGACGAGCGCAGUGAAGGAAGAACUGAAAUACUGGCAGAAGCUCCGGCACGACUUGGAGCGGGCGCGGCUGCUGAUUGAGCUGAUUCGGAAGAGGGAAAAGCUCAAGCGGGAACAGGUCAAAGUCCAGCAGGCUGCCAUGGAGCUGGAGCUGAUGCCGUUCAAUGUGCUGCUGAGGACCACGUUGGAUCUGCUCCAGGAGAAGGAUCCCGCGCACAUCUUUGCUGAACCUGUCAACCUAAGUGAGGUUCCAGAUUACCUGGAAUUCAUAUCCAAGCCAAUGGAUUUUUCUACUAUGAGGCGGAAGCUGGAGUCCCACCUGUACCGCACCUUGGAGGAAUUUGAGGAGGACUUUAACCUUAUAGUUACCAACUGCAUGAAGUAUAAUGCUAAAGACACAAUUUUCCACCGAGCAGCUGUCCGCUUGCGGGACCUGGGAGGGGCCAUCCUACGGCAUGCCCGGCGACAGGCAGAGAACAUCGGCUAUGACCCCGAGAGGGGCACCCAUCUGCCAGAGUCGCCCAAAUUGGAAGACUUUUACCGCUUCUCCUGGGAAGAUGUGGACAACAUCCUCAUUCCAGAGAACCGGGCCCAUUUGUCCCUAGAGGUGCAGCUGAAGGAGCUGCUGGAGAAAUUGGAUCUGGUGAGCGCCAUGCGGUCCAGCGGGGCCCGUACCCGCCGUGUCCGCCUGCUGCGCCGGGAGAUCAACGCCCUUCGGCAGAAGCUGGCACAGCCGCCCCAGCCACCCUCCCUGAGUAAGACAAUGCUCAAUGGAGAGCUGCCCGCAGUGCCCCAGCGGGAUGCAGAGGUGCUGGAGCAGGGCUUACAGGAGGAGCCGGAAGACGAUGGGGACAGAGAUGACUCCAAACUGCCUCCUCCGCCAACUCUGGAGCCCACUGGGCCUGCACCUUCCUUGUCUGAGCAAGAAUCCCCCCCGGACCCUCCUACUCUGAAACCCAUCAAUGAUAGCAAACCUCCAAGCCGGUUCCUAAAGCCUAGGAAAGUAGAAGAAGAUGAGCUCUUGGAGAAAGCACCCCUACAGCUGGGGAGUGAGCCCUUGAACCACUUGCUCAGUGACAGUGGCAUCAACAGACUGUCUCUUGUGGCCCCCGACAGCCCUGCCGAUGCCCCUCUCAGUGGUGUGGGGCGCCGCACAUCGGUCCUCUUCAAGAAGGCCAAGAAUGGAGUUAAGCUCCAGAGGAGCCCAGAUAGGGCCCCAGAGAAUGGCGAGGACCACAGUGUGGCCGGCUCUCCCGCCUCUCCCGCCAGCACUGAGGAUGAGCACCGUUCCCGGAAGCGGCCAAGGAGCAGGAGCGGUAGUGAGAGCGAAGGGGAGCGGUCCCCCCAGCAGGAGGAAGAGACAGGUGUGACCAAUGGCUUUGGAAAACACACUGAGAGCGGGUCUGACUCGGAAUGUAGUUUGGGUCUCAGCGGUGGACUGGCAUUUGACGCUUGCAGCGGUCUGACACCUCCCAAGCGCAGCCGUGGGAAGCCGGCCUUGUCUCGAGUGCCCUUCCUGGAAGGUGUGAACGGAGACUCCGAGUACAACGGCUCAGGCAGAAGCCUCCUGAUGCCCUUUGAAGACCGCGGAGACCUGGAGCCCCUGGAGCUGGUGUGGGCCAAGUGCCGAGGCUAUCCCUCCUACCCUGCCCUGAUCAUCGACCCCAAGAUGCCCCGGGAGGGCCUCCUGCACAAUGGCGUCCCCAUCCCUGUGCCCCCGCUGGACGUGCUGAAGCUGGGCGAACAGAAACAGGCCGAGGCUGGAGAGAAGCUCUUCCUUGUCCUCUUCUUUGACAACAAGCGCACCUGGCAGUGGCUUCCCAGGGACAAAGUGCUGCCCCUGGGUGUGGAAGACACGGUGGACAAGCUCAAGAUGCUAGAAGGCCGCAAGACCAGCAUCCGCAAGUCGGUACAGGUGGCCUACGACCGCGCCAUGAUCCACCUCAGCCGGGUCCGGGGCCCCCACUCCUUCGUCGCCUCGAGCUACCUGUGAGGCUAGGACUGACCCUGCGUCUGCCUGCCCUGCAUUGCUGGGCCUCUCCCUGGGGCAUGGAGAAGCCCCUUCAGCCCAGCCAGACGUGUAGCUGGCAGCUUCCCCCUCAGGGUAGCCCGGGGGCUAGACUGUGUCUGCACUAAAGGGAAGGCCCCCGUUUUGACCAUUCACACCAUUCCCUGGAGGACCUGCUGUGUGCCAAAACCUGCCAGGGCUUCCUCUGGGCUGCUCCACUGAAGAACCACUUGCUGUGGGCUCGGCCAGCCCGGCGCUGGCCCAGGCUCAGGCCCAGGCCCUGAGGUGAGCAGUCUGGGCUCCUCCUUGGCCUGCCUGGCUCCCUCCCCCAUCCCCCCGGGGCUGCCACUUCUCUGACCCUGACCCCAGAGGUGCUGUGGGUGCCUGGGGCCCUCGGCCUCCCACCGAGCUCCCCAGCCCUCCACCCACCUCCCCUCAGUCUUCCACACUGAGGCGCAGGCUCCCUGUGCCCCCUUCCCGUCCUGCCUCUCUUGUGCCAAACUGACAGAACCAUCACCAAACUCGAGCUUUCUUCCACGUCUCCUUCCCUUCACCAGCUGCUCUGCUAGCUGGGUGUCAGGGCCCAGGCAGAGGGCAGCCUACCCCCAGGACCCCUACACCCAGAGACCCCCACUCCUGCUGCCGAUCUCGAGGCUGGUGGAGCGUGCCCUCUGCCAGGCCUGCUGUGGGAGGGCUGGCUGCUGUCAGCAGGCCAGGCUGGGGGGCUUGCGGGGGCUGGGCCUGGCAGGAGCUGGGCCUCUCGCCCCGCCCCCGCCCCUUCUCCUCUUCCCGGGGGCCGGGCCGGCGGGUGGCAUGCGCUGCCCUGCCUUAGCUUCCGCCAGUGCCCUCCCAGCCAGGGCCAAGCAGGGAUCGCAGCCCUGCUCUCGCACCUGUCUCCUCCCUCUUUCUCUGUCAUCUCUUCCCCGCCUUCACCUUCUCAAAAAUGGAAGGAAAAAAACUGUGAAUGGGGAACGCUGACUGACAAACCAACACAACUUUCCGAGGCUUCCAGGUCUGCUCUCGGGUCGCUCCUUUCACCUCGUAAGCACCAAAGUCGCAGGGCCCGGCUGCAGGCCACUGAUCGCCAUGUUGAUUUUUAACUCGAUGUUCUUUUUAAUUGUUUUAAAUUUUUCACAGGGGAGUUUUGGACAAAACAAAGUCACUGGGGAGUUCACUGCCAUUUUUACACACUUCAACUUUUUAAAACUGCAAGCAACGACACACCAACUUCUUAAACAUUUGGGACAUGAGCCAGAGUUUAAAAGGGAACCGACAAAACUCACACAGGAUGGGAUCUGGGAUUUUGUACAAUAAUAAAAACAAUAGAGCAUAUGGCUAGGGAAGGACAUGGUGUAUAUAAUUGUAAAAUACUGCUCUAAGUUAUUCAGGCCUCCGCUUUCCAUUGCUGGAGUUGCCCCCCCGCCGCGGUGUGGUGGGCUGGAGGAGCCCCCACCCCUCUCCCCAGGUAGUUGGUCUGCUGUGGGCUCUGUGGCCUUUGUCUAAACCUGUGUCGUGAGAUCCCGGGGCUCUCUCCCUCGCUCUUUCUGCGUAUGUCUAGCUCGCUCUUUCCUCACACUCUCUUCUUAGUCUCUAUUUUUCAGUCUCAAUCUUUCAGUCUCUGAGUCUCAUUUUUAAAAUGCUCUUUUAGAACAGGAAACGGCUGAGACCCUGCUGUGGCACGGGCCUCCGUGUCUCUGUCACGUCUGCUGUGAAGCACACGAUGCUCUAUUUAUUGUAGAAAGUGACUUUAUUUGCUUUCUAGAAUUGUUUAUAACAGAUGGUAUAAGAGAGAUAAUAAACAAAAAUCUAUGCCUGUAAAGAAUACAGAAGUUAAUUUUCCCUACUAUAAUAUGACUGUCGGAAACUUAUUUUCUCUCUGAGAAAUAAAUGUUCUAAUGGGCAGCA